AUGGACCGCUUCGCACGAUGGCCGGAAGCAUUUCAAAUGUCGGGCGUACAAGCAGACCUAGUUGCGAGGACCUUUGCCACUCACUGGGUUGUAAGGUUUGGCACAUCGGCAACCAUCACAACCGACAGAGGUAGGCAGUUCGAAUGCGAUCUUUUCGCCCAACUAUCCAAAUUAUUAGGCACGAAAAGGAUUCACACGUGCGCCUAUCACCCACAAGCGAACUGUAUGGUAGAACGCUUUCAUCGGCAGUUAAAAGCCUGUCUGAGAUGCCAGAGGAACCCGGGCAAGUGGAUAGACAUGUGGUAA